GGAAUGUGACACUGCCACCAUUGCAACCGCACCCGGGCUGAUGGCGGCCAAUUGCAACGCGCCAUCGCGACAGUCGUCACCCACAAGUGCAGGUGGAUCUGGGAGUCGGUCAGCAACAACAGGUCAACAGCAGACAGCUCAAUGUCCGACUCACUCUCCCUCGUCUCGUUCACGUUCUCUUGACUCGUCUGACCCAGCGAACAAGACCCCGACUGGCCACCAGCUGCUCGUGCGCAACAAGUCGUCGCCUUCUCUCGCGUGCUCGCCUUCUCCUUCUCCCGUAAGAAUCACCAUCAGCGCAGGAUCAACGGUAGCGCCCAGUUGGGAUCAUUAUAGUAUGGCGGCGUCCUCCCGGAAGACAAAGGAGCACGAGUCGUUUAUGGACCUUCUCUCGCCCCACUCGCCGGACAGGGAAGAUGCCCAGCCACGUCCUCCCACGAACAAGCAUGAGAGAAUCCUCGGGAUAGAGACUAGCGCAGUCCAGAAUAAGCACAGGCGCACAUCACUGCUUGCUCCUCCCCGUCCCCCAAUGCCUCGCUGCAUCACUGCCUCCAACCUCGAGGAGCAGAUGACAUUUGCCCCAAACAGCAGCGACUCUGUCCCCCCAUCCCCCCUCAACUUUGACGACCCCACCCCCGACAACGUCUCUGUACGCUCAAAUGUGUCCAGCAUCCAGUUCGCGCGCCGCACACCUUCCCCUGUCGCCUCGGACUCGGACUCCCCGCGGCGAUCUCAUUUCAACCCCUCCUCCACCUCCUUGGCGUCACUAGCACCCAUCGAGUUCGCAGAGCCACCCAGCCCGGUCUACGUCAGGAAGCCGUCUCUCCCCAGAGAAUCCAAGCCCCAGUUUGACCGCGACAAGAAGCCGCCAUACCUCAGCAAGCGAUCGGCUAGCGCGUCUCCCCACCUCCACUCCAUUGCACUACCCCCAGAAGAGUCCAACAAGCUAUGCGCCAGCGACCGCGAGGCCCUCAUCCGCCGCAACCGCAAGAUCGCCCAGGUCUUUGGUCAGACUCCCGGCACAAUGACCAUGGCGACCGACAGCUACUUCAAGGACGCAUCACCCGUCAUCCUCCAGCCAGAGGAGGACGCGUCCCGCUUCUUGAAGCUGCUGCCCCAGUCUGCUCUCUCCGCCCUCCUCGGCUCUGCCCGCCAGAAGGAUAAGAGCCACCGCCACGCCAUGUCCGUCAGCGUCGCCAUGCGCAGCGCAACCGGCCCACCCUCCGCCAAGGCCCUCAAAGACGGUCCCGGUCCCCUGUCGCCAUGGCAGGUCGUCGAGUCGCCCUGGGCCAUCGAGGGUCGUCGCCAUUCCUCUCCUUUAUCCCCGGAGAAGGCUGCCUUCCUCGACCCUGCUGCCGACCUGCUCGGGGAUCAUCGUCAUCAUCAGCACCACUACCAGCAGCUCCAUCACCAUCAUCAGACGGGAACCACCCACGCAGCCUCAGCCACUGAUACGGCCCGGGAUAGGGAUUCACCUGACCAGCUGCAGCAGGAGUGGAACGCCCGCUUGCGUGCGUACAAGUUGCUGCAGGAUCAGGGCCAGCAGCAGCCAUCUCCCCUCCGCACCAACAAACCGCGGAACCUCUCCCCGUCUUCCUCCUUCAUCGACCUCUCGGACGAAGAAGGCCCACCCACAGCCCUCCCCUCGUCCCCCUCGCACGCACGCACACGCGGACGCUCCUCCCCUCCCCCUCCCCCAUCCUCGUCUUCCCCGGGCACAGCCUCCGCCUGGGACAAGAGCAGCAUCAGCAGCGGCGGCACGGUCCACCGCGUGAGUCGCAGCGCGAGCAUCGCCGACAGCGCGUCCGUGCUUUCGCUCGGCUCGCUCGCGUCGCGCACGUCGCAGGAGAUGGCGGAGAUCGAGCGCCGCCAGAAGCGCGACAGGCUCGCGAAGCUGCAUCGGUUUUUGGGGUCGCGGGUGCCUGCGGACCUUGUUAUUGGGCCUGGGGCGAUGCCGGGUGAUACGUCGGGGUUGCCGCCGUUGGCGUAUGGGAGUCCGGAUGGGCGGUCGUGGGCUGCGCAGGGUGGUGGUGGUGGUGGUGGUAGGAGUAGCAGUCGGAACAGAAGUGGAAGUGGGAGCGCGGUUAUUACGCCGCCGCAGUACGAGAGGAUCAAGGAGGAGCUCGGGGGCGAGGAGAAGGCGCUGAACGUGCGGCGCGCGCAGAAGAUGGAGAAGGUCUUCGGAGCGGCCCCACCGCAGACGCUGUACCACACCCGUCCGCUGCCGAUCCCACCGUGUCUCGUGCCAGGCUCCGUGCCAGGCGCUGCCGCACGGACGGUGUCGCAGCCGACGUCGCCCCUCGGUCCCUCGCCGAGCGUCGACGGCACCGGGCUGUCGUCGUCAUCGCAGUUCCAGUUCCAACCCCCGCACCAGUCGCAGUCGCAGUUCCCAUCCCAUUCCCAAUCCCAUUCCCAGUCGCAGUCCCAGCAGUUCCAACAGCUCCCGCCUCCCUCCCCGUCUUCCCCGACCUCGUCGCGCAACCCGAACCAAUCGGCGUACACCAAGUCGAAGCACAAGGGCAAGCGGCAGUACCGCCCGAGCACGAGCGAGUCUGCGCACCCGCUGAUUCCGAAGCGACGGGGGAGCGACGCGUCGAUCAAGUCGAUUGUGGGCGUGGGGAUCGGUGUGGGUGUGGGCACGGGUUCGGCGGGCGCAGGCGGGAACUGGCCAUCGUACCAGGAUGUGCUGGCGCGGUCGUCGGUGUAUGUGAAUUAUCAGCAUUCGUUGAAUUCGUUGAAUGAUAUUAUCGAUCGGGAUGACAAGGAGUCACUUGCGGAGCUGCACCGGUAUUUGCACGGUGACCCUGGUUCGUCCGAUGAGGAGGAAGACGAUGAUGAUGAUGACGACGACGACGAAGGCGAAGUGAUUAAUAUCGGGCGGGACGACGACGACGCCGAGCACCAAGAAGACGGGCGCGAUACCCCGACUUACCCCUUACCCACCACCACCACCACAACAACGUCGUCAGGCGCGUCGAUCAAGUCCGAGCGCCGACACUCGCUCCCCGUGCGCGCAUCCAUGGCGUCGCUCGCGCCCUCGGAGCUCACCGUCUCGACGCCGGACCCGGAGCAGCGCGCGUUCCAGCUGCGCCGGCGGCGCGCGGCGAAGCUGACGAACUUCUUCGGCGUGGACUACCGCGAGCUGAUCCAGGAUGUGCUCGAGAGCAUCGAGAAGGGUGUCGAGGAGGAGCAUAGGCGGGGGACGCUGCAGCCUGAUGAGGUCGAGGAGCUGCUCAUGAAGUUACGCACGUUGAAGACGAAACGGAGAAGCAAUUUCGCUAGAUGAUGAUGACUCUCAUAUUGUGUUAUAUAUUGCAUACAGUGUUUCUUUUUCCCUUCUUCCUUGUCAACCCAUUCUCAUUCCCAUUCACCCCCGGUCUCCCGUAUUCCCUCUGCAUAUUAUACUCUUAUACUAGCAUGACAUGCCCCCCGAUCCAUCCCCCCGCGUCCCAUGUUACCCCAUGCCAUAUGUGAUUUGUGACUAGCACACACC